UAUAAUAUCCAAUCACACUGGAUGUUUAUAAUUUAAUUGAUCUGUAUACAAACAGCGGGCAUCAGUUCUUUACUCAAUGGCUAUUGAAAAUCAGUUCACGCAUAGCUGUAACAGCAGCAGGAUUGUAGUGAAAGAGAUCUAGAGAAAUUCCAGUUUUAAUUAAAAUAAUUUAAACCGACGUUUAGCAAUGUUGUGGCUUUAUAUCUUCAGUUUAGCUAUAAAAAUCGCGGUAACAGCAAAGAGCACCGGCAGCGCUCGUAACAGUAUCCCCAUGAACAGGCUCUACACCGCCACGACCGUCCGUAACUCCCACACACAUCGUCCUGUCAAGUUGUCCAUAGAGCCCGAGCCAGUGCGGACUGAAUGGCGGUAUGAUACUGUAGCAAACUGGCCAGGCCGCCUCUGCCGCGAGGGAGCAGGAAAGCGGCAAUCCCCCAUCAACAUCAGGACAGAGUUGGUAAAGCCUGACUCGGGCAAAGAAUUCAUCAAGUACGGCCCGCUACGGCUGCAUGGCUACCAGAGCGUGCUAGUGUCUGGAGUCAACAAUGGACGGACGAUCCAGUUCACAAUGGAAGGCGAUGAAGCCAUGCACCCAACAUUGACCGGAGGCCCACUGCAGUACCUCUACAGACUCGAGCAGCUGCACUUCCACUGGCUAUCUGAGCACGCCGUCAACGGAUACAAGUAUCCUAUGGAGAUCCACUUUGUCCACAUCCGGGCUGAUCUUUCUCCAAGUGAGGCCCUGCGGAAGCGAGAUGGCAUUGCCAUAAUUGCUGUAUUUGGAACUAUAAAGUCGGAGAUAGAAAACGACGAGAACUUUAUAGCGAGCGAGAUGAUGGAGGAGGUGGUGAGACAACUGCCGCAGCUGAACCGGUACGGGGACCAGCUCAGCGGGAUCGUGUUGAACAUGUCAAAGCUUCUAACGGCAAACCAGCAGUCUUACGUAACGUACUCCGGAUCUCUGACGUCACCAGAGUGCAACGAAGCUGUCACGUGGAUCAUACUGGACAACCCCGUCUUCAUGACUUACGGACAGUACAAAGACUUCUCAUACCUGGCCAAGACCCGGUACAACUACCGUGACCUCCAAGACUCCAACAUCACGAUGUACCGACCGGGCUCGAGGUUACCAAAACCAAUGAUCUUCGGCGUCUUCGCCAACAUGUACAAUUAUGUUGCUAGCUUCCUCAAAAACAUGAAUAGGAUGAUGAAAAGCGAGCCAGUUAAUACGCAAUAUUAGCAAAGUCAUGUUGACGCAUGGAUUAGGUACCUACCUACUUAUUUCGGAAGACGUAGGUACAUAGUAGCAGGGAUCGGAUACCGGUAUUUAUAGUAUGGGAACGAAAACGGUAUUGUUUCGUUCUUUGUUAAUUAUUUCAUUUCUAAUUGGGGAAUCUAAUAAUACGAUGUCGUUACGUUACCUAAAAACACAACUGAGUCCUACAUUUGGAGUAUAAAAUAAUUCGAAAUAUAUGGUUAUUUCUAAGUUUUCCGGUUCCGAUCCCUGCAUAGUAGUGACAAAUAGAAUUAGUCACAGCACAAAUCUGAUACCAAUAUGGUUCAGU